AUGUUCUGUCAGUCCAUCAAACCCGCUGCUCGCGUGGCCUCUUGUGCGAGCUCAGCCACUCGCGCGUUCGCAACAGUUUCCCCAGCUGGAACUGCCUCACGGAGCCACAAGGUCAUCGUCAUCGGUGGCGGUUCCGCCGGUCUGACCGUCAGUCAAAAACUGAGACGGUCCGGUAAAUUCGCACCCAAUGACAUUGCCGUCGUUGAUCCCGCGGAAUGGCAUCACUACCAAGCCGGCUGGACCCUGGUGGGCGGCGGUGUCAAGAAGAAGACCGACCUCCGCAGGCGUCAGGAGGACCUGAUGCAUCCCCACUUCAAGUUCUACCCGGAAAGCGUGUCCUCCAUCCAAGCCGAGGAGAACUCCGUUCUGCUGGGGAACGGCGACAGACUUGAGUACGAGCAGCUAGUUGUCGUCCCGGGAAUCCACAUGGACUAUGGCAAGAUCAAGGGAAUGCCAGAAGCCCUUGCCGACCCAAGCAGCAUGGUGUCCACCAUCUACGGCUAUGACACAUGCGACAAGGUUUUCAAGACUAUCCAGAAGCUACAAAAGGGCAAUGCCAUCUUCACGCAACCGGCUGGCGUCAUCAAAUGCGCCGGUGCGCCUCAAAAGCUCAUGUGGAUGGCGUUAGAUCAUUGGAAGACGGCUGGGCUCUACAGUGCAGGAGAUUUAUCCUCGCCUGUCAAGAUCAGUUUUGCUACUGGUCUUCCCGUCAUGUUUGGCGUCCCCAAGUACAGCGCCAAGCUCGAGGAGCUCCGAAGGGAACGGGGAGUCGAGGGCCUCUUCCAGCACGAUCUUGUCGAGAUCAACGGCGACAAGGCGAUCUUCGAUACCCCGGGCGGGAAAGUCACCAAACGCUUUGAUCUACUGCACGCGGCUCCCAAAAUGUGCGCUCAUGAUUUCGUGCAGAAUAGUUCUAUCGCCAAUGAGGCGGGAUAUGUCGAUGUUGAUUCCGAGACGACUCGACACGUUCGAUUCCCAAACGUCUGGUCUAUUGGCGAUGCUUCGGGCCUGCCUACAUCUAAAACUGCUGCUGCCGUCACCGCCCAGGCCCCUGUUUUGGUCCGAAAUCUUCUCAAAUCAAUAGAAGGCAAAGAUCUUGAUGCCAAGUAUGACGGGUAUACGUCCUGUCCACUGGUCACACAGUACGGGAAGGUUCUGUUGACCGAAUUCAAAUAUGGCGGAGUUCCGGAUGAGACCUUUGGGAAGUGGUUUGGUAUUAACCAGGCUGUGCCCCGGAGAGCCUUCUACCACAUGAAGAAAGAGUUCUUUCCUUGGGUAUAUUACGCCUCAAUGGUUAAAGGAACUUGGGCUGGGCCAAAAGGCUGGUCCAGGUAG